AUGCCCCGCGGCCGCCUCAUCGUCUUCGAAGGUCUCGACCGCGCCGGAAAAUCAACACAAUGUGCAAAGCUAGUCGCUGAUUUAAGAAACGACGGGCGUGUCGUGCGGCAUUUGCGAUUUCCUGGUAUGUUUUCACUUGCUUUUAUUGUUGGGUGGCAGAGGAAGGUAGAUGUCUGGGAUUUCCACGGAAAGAAAAGAAAAAAAGAAUGCAUAACGACACGGAUAGGACAGAUGAUUGAUAGUUAUUUGAGUGGGCAGAGUGAGCAGGAGGACCAUGUUAUACAUUUAUUGUUUAGUGCAAAUCGGUGGGAGGUAGCGUGA